GGCAAGCUCAAGGGAAAGGUCGUUUGCAUCACUGGAGCCAGCUCUGGAAUCGGACGAACGAGUUGCCUGGCCUUUGCCCAUGCUGGCGCCAGCGUAGCUUGUGUCGCCCGCCGCAAGGAUCGACUAGAUACCCUCGUAGAAGAGAUCAAGCAGAAGUACAACGUGCCGGUAGCUGCGAUUCCCGCCGAUCUCUUCGACCCGGAGGCCGCGAAAAAGGUCAUCCAAGACGCCGAAUCAGCACUCGGUCCCAUCGACAUCUUAAUCAACAACGCAGGCAUGCAACUCGUUCGCAAACUCGAGGACGUGCAAGAUUUUGAGGAGGAAUGGUGGAAGCUUGUGGUCAUCAACUUGCGAGCUCCCGCGGCCCUCACCCACGCCGUCCUCCCCUCCAUGAUCGCCCGCAAGACCGGUAUCCUCCUCAACGUUGGUAGCGCAGCCGGCGCCCACGACAUCCCUUGGUGCUCAGCCUACGGCACCUCCAAACUCGCCGUAAUGAAACUCUACCAGAACCUCCCCGCCGAAAUCGGGCAGCACGGAAUUACCACCUUUAACGUCCACCCCGGCCAGAUCAUGACGGAUAUG